AUGUCUGCCGCUGUCUCGGAGCCCGCUGGGCAGAAGGCUCGCCCCGUCAAGCCCGAUGAGGAUGCGUACAAGGCCAGCCUGGCCCAAGCCGAGAAGGAGCACACUACGGCUCAGGAGAAGCUGAACCAGAUUAAGGCCAAAAUCGAGUCCGCCAAGCCCAACAACCAGGACUCGCCUGCUGCCCAACGGCAAAAGGAGCUUCGUGCUGAGCUCGCCGCCAUCCGUCAGAAGCAGCAAGGGUUCAAGUCUGCCCGUUCAAGCACCCAGGAGAAACUGAGCGCUCUUGACUCGAACCUCAAGGCCCGUGUUGCCGAGCAGAACAACUCUCGUAAUAAGAUUUCAUUCAAGAACGUUGAGGAGAUCGACAAGGAGAUCUCUCGCCUCGAGAAGGAUGUUGACUCUGGCAAGAUGCGUCUCGUGGAUGAGAAAAAGGCUCUCUCCGACAUCUCUAGUCUUCGCAAGCAGCGCAAGAACUUUGCUGGCUUGGACGACGGCCAAAAGGGUAUUGAUACCUUGAAGAAGCAGAUUGCCGAUCUGAAGAAAGCCAUGGACAACCCCGAGGCUCGUGCUCUCAGUGACAAAUAUAACGAGAUUACAAAGGAGCUUGAUUCCAUCAAGGGCGACCAGGACUCUGCUUUCAAGACCCUCAACUCCCUCCGUGAUGAGCGCACAAAAUUGCAAAAGGACCAGCAAGCCAAGUUCCUGGCCAUUCGCGAAAUCAAGGACACCUACUACAAGGCUCGCAAGGCCUACAAGGAAUACGAGGAUGAAGCAUGGAAGGUCCGUCGGGAGCGCCAAAAGGCAGAGCGUGAUGCCUUUGAGCGCGAGAAGAAGAAGAAGAUUGCCGACAAGAAACUCGAAGAGGCUUCCCAGCUGGCUUAUACUGAUGAGAUUCUGACCGCCCAGGGUCUUAUCCGUCACUUCGACCCUUCAUACAACUUCGCGAGUCUCGGUCUCGAUGAUGCCAAGAAGACUACUGAUGGUGCUUUCCGUGCUGAGGUUGGACGUACUGUGGAUGACUCCGACAUCAAGGGUAUCAGAGUUGUAAAGAAGGACGAGCGCGAGGAAGACUACUUCAAGGGAACAGGUGGAAAGAAGGGCAAGAAGGGAAAGAAAGGCACCACCGCCUCCCCUGCUCCAGGCACACCCACCGAGGGCAAAUUCAACCUCAGCUUUGGCGUCAUUGAGGACUUUGCCAAGGUCAAGGUUGACCAGCCCAUGAGCCAGGGCGAUGUCCCUACAGUCGUUGAGAAGCUCGCUGCCAAGAUCACUGAAUGGAAGAAGAACCAGGCUUCCAAGACCCAGGAGAACAUCAAGAAGGCCAAGGAGGAGAUUGAGCGCUUGGAAGAGGAGUCUCAACGCGCCACCGACCACGGCAAGAAGGUCGCUCAAACCAACGCUGGCGUCAACGGCCAUGUGUCUGCCGAGGCUGAGGCGAAGCAAGAGGAGGACGGCGCUGCCGAUGCUGCCGAUGAACUCAAGAAGGCCUCCCUCGAAGACAAGGCAUAA